AGACGGUGACGAGCUCAGGUGAUAGUUCACCGUGCACACUCGCGGUGCAGACCCCGGGCAUCACACAAAUGUGGGUGGGGUCGCUUUGAUGCGCAAACCAGACAGCAAUGUGCACACCACGGCAAAGCCCCCCUAAGUCCAUUUAAAAACUUCCUAUAAGAACAAACAGCCUGCAGGAGGAGGGACACAGAGGGAGGCGUGGGGGCUCCACUUUUCCGUAGUGCCAGUGAGGGAUCCACUACAGAGAAUUACAUAAAGCCAAAGGAAACCCUGACUGGACAGAAUCUGAGGGUGCAGGGUGAGGGACCGUGCACUUGCAAGUCUUCGAAGUCGUGAGUAGGACGUUCAUUGGCAUCCUCUUGGUUCUUCUCCGUGCAUCUUUUCUCUCUCAGCCUCCUUGCGUUCAUUCAUUCAUUCAUCCAUCAUGGCAUGGCCGUGCAUCACGCGUGCUUGCUGCAUCAACCGCUUCUGGACCGAGCUGGACAAAGCGGACAUCGCAGUGCCUUUGGUUUUCACCAAGUACUCGGACGUGGCCGACGUGCAGCAUCUUCCCCAUCACCCGCAGCCGAGGCAGAAGAGGGCCGGUGCCAUUGCCAUAGAAACCGAGCCUCAUCCCGGCGGCGAUCAGCAGGAGGCGGCAGGGAAGGCACCGCCCGCGACGGGUGCCGCAGCGGGCAAAGAUGGCUCUACUGCGUCCGUCAUGCGCCAAGACUUCAAGGCGUGGAGAGUGCGUCCUGAACCCAGCUGCAAGCCCAGGAAUGAGUACCAACGCUCGGCGGCUCCGUUCAACACCGAAACUCAGUAUCAGAAGGAUUACAAGCCUUGGCCUAUACCCAAGAAGCACGACCACCCAUGGAUCCCCAAACCGAGCCCCACCGCCACCCCCUCUGGUGUCCCAGAGCGAAGCGCGGCGAGCGGUAAGAUGGAUCACGCCGAGGCCGAGACCGGCGUGGAGAAGAGCGAGAUCGAGGAGAAAAUUCAAGAAAAGGAAGUGAAGGAGGUGGUUAAGAAGAGUGUGAAGAGGGAAAAGUCAACAGAGAGACAAAGUGGUGAGAAGACGGAGGGACAAGUUUCUGGGGAUGCGGUGAGCGCCGAGCAGAGGAAAGGCAGAGCAGCUGCUGACGCUUUAAACAGGCAGAUUAAAGAGGUUAUGUCGACUUCUAGUAGCUACAGGUAAGUAUGAGUAUCUGUGUGAGGAGGGUGAUUUCUCUCUAACCAGUGAAAACAAAAAAACAUGUCAUCUUUGACUUAUUUUAUGACUUAAUUGCAUUCAAGUACCCCCUUCUCAGAACACCAACAUCAUAGUAGUCCCUGUGUGCAAUAUUCCUGUCCAACUGUCUGAGGAGAUUUGGCACUGCAUGCUCUCUCUUGUUACACUCUUCACUGUUUCCCAAAGCAAACUGAUAUGGCCACAGAUAAAGGCCACUAUUGAUUUUUGUUCCUGCUUCAUCCUCCCUAAGAGUACUAUCAAAUCAAUGCUGCAGCCCAUCAAUGAGACAGUAAAAGGGUCCGAAUGUAAUCACGAGACUUAACCUGGUUUUUCUGCGCAGGCACACUCUAAAUUAAACUAGGGUUCAUAAUAAAUGCAAGCCAACAUAACGCAGCGGCUGUAGUAUUAAAUUAAUGUAUGCUGUUCUAGUGACCUAUAUUAUCGUUUAUGUGUAUGUUUAAGUAAACUUGACACACUGAUAAACAUGAAUAUAGCAGCGGGGUUGUGAUCUGAAACAGAAAUAAAUGACUCAUAAAACACUGGAUCAGACGAACGUAAACAUUAGGAAAGAUAAGAUUUCUCUUAGGAUGUUUAUUAUAUUUAGUCUGUAUUUAUAGUUUAUAUUUAGUAUAUUUAGUCUGCAUUGUACAUACUUCUUAUAUGAAAUUAAAUUUUAUUUUGUGUUUUUUGCUGCUGUAACAUAAGAAUUUCCCAGCUGGGAUCAAUAAAGUCUAUCUAUCUAUCUAUCUAUCUAUCUAUCUAUCUAUCUAUCUAUCUAUAAAUGACAUGAAACCUCCCAAAAACGGCAGCUUGACCUCGUGUCCGUUAAUAUUUUUUAUUUCAUGAUGAAUUAAAAUCCCUUAAGAUUAAAAAGUUGAGGUUCAUUACGAAAAAAGUUUCAGUUUAAUAAUUGUUACUACAAAAAAAACGACUAUACGCUUAAUUUUAAAUGGCAGAUUUUUACUGGGAGGUGACAUUUCCUAAUAAGUGCCCUCAAAAACGGACAACACAGAAGUGUUCAUAUCACUUCAUAUUGAGUUUUUUAAGUUGAUGGAGCAGCAAAGAGUCUGUCCUGUCCACAUAAACUUUAUAAAAUGAUACAUGCUGCCAUCAUGCAGGGCUUCAAGCUUACAGGUGAGAGAAAAAGAUCACAUUUUGACUUUAAAGCUAAAUAUAACAGUUUGCCAAUAAAUGAGUGAAAUGAGUAGGUGAAUAUGAUCCUGUGAUAUGAAUCAAGUGCUCAGCAAAAUCUUGCAACAUAGCUCUGCACAUUCUGGUGCUGAGCUUUGGUUAACAUAAGACAUUCAAAAGGCCAGUAUGAAAGUCUGUAACUGUCAAAGCUAAAUCUUAAAUCACAGAAAUUCCUGGACCACUUAUAUACCGCCCGAGAUUAUUCAAAUUUGCUGUAAAAUACCCUAUUUGGCUUUUCUGUUUGUUUGUUUAGGACUGAGUUUAAAGCGUAUAAAGAUGUGAAACCAGUGAAGCCCAUCAAAGCUCCAUCUCAGUAUAAACCCCCAGUGGAAGAGACCAGUCUGGAAACCAGCUACAGUGCCACAUACAAGGGGGAGCAGGUGAAGACUCCGUCUGCUGACAACAAGCUGAUGGAGCGCAGGAGGAUACGCAGCCUGUACAGCGAGCCUGGCAAGGAACCUGCCAAGGUGAGAGCAUGUCCACACACAGAUCCACUGAUGUAAAUCUAGAUCUAUGGAGUACUGGUGUUUCCAUUUACGACAUACUCAAGUUGACUAUCAAGAGGGGGUAUUAUGCUUUUUAAAUAUUUUGAAGUAGCUUGAAAUGUUUGGUUUUGAUACUAAAUAUGAGCAAAGUUUCAAACUGGGUGGUAAAUAUGUGUUGGAUGAGAUGCAUGCUGAUCUAUAAGGUUUAUUCAAAAAGCCACGUAAUACCUCGAUAAGGGGUCACAUGAGUCUAACUCAAUUUGUGACAUCACAAAUUGGUGAAUCUCCUUAAAAGUGCACAAUCAAUUUAAUUCUGACCAAACAGACCCCAGAGUUGGGGGUCCAGAACAUCUUUCACAAUUUGUCAUGCCAGACAGAGCAUUAUGACUUUGUAGCAUGGCAACAGUGGAGGAGGCUUCUGAGAUGCUGGGUUUCUGGGCUUAUAGAGGUGGUAGAUGAAACAAAGUGCUUCAGGUGGAUGCUGAAAUAAGGGUUUUCAAGAACAUCAGCCUGAGAUACCUUGAGCUGCUUUCAGAAGGGUGACGUAAAGCCUGAUAAUGAGCAUAGUACCCCUCUUUAACCACAUGUGUAACUGGUUUAUAGGCCCAGUAUACCCUUGUUUUAGUACUUUAAGAUUACAGCACUGUCAGUUCGGUUUUGUGUUAAACUCCUCAGUGCAAGAGCGUCUACCUUAAUGUAACUUAAUUUGACACUCCAUCCUAGUCACAGUGUACCCUAAUGGCAGCUAAAACUCACUCUACUGAAACGGCAACAAAACAUAAUCACAAUGUCUGGACAUUUUAAAUGAUAGCCGUGGUUGUUAUUAUUUGAUGAUGGAAAUGACUCAGGAAAAUGCCUGUAAACUGUUCGAUAAAAGACAUGUACCUACUCCUAGUUUCACCUUUGUGAAGAAGUUUUGUUAUAAGGGUCACAUAUAGAUCAAGAUUUGAGCAAAUGAUAUAUUCCAACAUUGAUUGUUUUAUUAUAACUAUUAGGAUUAUAGCAACCAGACUGACAUGGUAUUUAUUGCAUGAGUUUAGACAGUUUUAGAUUACAGUGACUUUAUCAAAUAUUUAAGUAGGCCUUAAUCAGAAAGUAUUCUUAACUUCGACUGAUAUAGAUACUAUUUAAUAUAGUGGAAUAUAAUGAUUCAGUACUUUUGGCAUGCUAUCAGCAGUAAAGGUAUAAAUUGGUAAAUACUGUGUCUGUAGUCGUGUUUUCAUAUGGCCACUCCCUCUCUCACUCUUAUAGGACGUCUCAGAGACUGAGAGCAGCUCUGUUCUAAAUCUGCUGUAGUCAGGUGUGUGCUCUGUUUCUUAUAGAAGGCAUGGAGGCUGACCUCAGAUUGAUCAAAUUCAAACUGGCAUACUGCACACACACACACACAUGCACACACAUACACACACGCAGUAUGCACCUCGGCCAGUAUGAGCCACAUUCACAUGCAUCACCUUAGCUGGCAGAUGCAAGUCUUAAGAGAAGCCACAUCCUCACUUUCUGCCCACCUCUAACUCUGCAUCCCCCUCCACCCUUUUGUGCAGCUUCGUGGCUUCGAAACCUGACCAUGCAGAUUCUGCAGGCUUGUGCAUGAGGGUGGACUAACCUAUAAAUGAAACAAAAAUAGAGCUCAGAUGAUAAAGAGAGAGCAGAUAAGAGAAAAAAAAACACAAGAGAAUGACUCAGGGGCAGUAAAAAGAGUUUUGCAGUCUGAGUGAAGUGUAUUUUGAUCUGUAUCUGAAAAAUGUCAUUUUGUUGAUUUGUUUUUUUUUUUUUUAAUGUUUGCACACACUGAUGGCUCAUGGUAAAAAAUACAACAGACGAGCAGCUAAAGAGCCACAGUAUGGUGCGCCAAGUGCUAUAGAUAACUGUGCAGUGAACCUCUGGUAACACUGUAUGCAGAUGAUGUUAUCCUCUCAGUAUUUAGUUUGCGUGGUCACAGAUAGCAGAUAAACUUCAGCCCUUUAUUCUUGCUCUAAUAAGCAGAUUAUAAAAUCAUUAUUCUUCUCUACAAUAAACACCUUUUUAAGGUUCAUUUCUGCAGCAAAAGUUGUGCAUGAUUGCAACUUUUUUUUUUGCUGUAAACCAUCUCAUUUACACAGAGAAAACAUUUUGGAGCCUCUCCAGAAGUUUUGCAUUGUAGCUGCAGCGGCUCAGGCAGAAGACGGUUGGCCUUGCUUCAGAUCACAUUCACAUUAGUUCCUGCACUCACAUUUUACCCUUCCGUGUUGGAAACUGAACCAGGGAUCUUGUAGUCAAAUACCCGGUUCUUCAAUCGCCAAUGAUUUUCCAACACUUUCAAUCCAUAGAAGAGUGUUUACAAAACCGUUUAAUCUUUAAAGCAUAAACAACUAACAUCAUAUACUAAUACAAAUCAUGUAUUGUGUAAAUUAUGCUUUCAUUUAAAAUGGUUUUAAUGGGAAACUGCACGAACCACUGUUCCUUUAGGUAAUGGCACAAAUUCACCUUUUGUGCUGUGACUUUUUUUAAUCUUCAUCGCACUAAUCACAUGAUGCAAAUACCACCGAUAAUAUAAGGUGUCAUUUGCACUCUCAUGAGAUAGAAUAACAGAAUUUAAAAGGUAUGUAUUGCAUGUCACGACAUAGAGUUUCCAAAGGUUAAGGAAAAGUUAGACAUGCACUUAUUUGCUUUCUUGUCAAGAAUUAAAGGGUGGUCAGAACCCUCAUAUCUGAUAGAUGAUAUGCUGCCGAUGUAAGAAGACACCGCUCCUCAGAUUCAGGCUAUCACACCACCACUGUCUUCCUUCUUUUAUGCCUCUGUCACUUCCUCCAAAAAGUAAAGGAGAUGUGGAACAGUUUCAUCCCCCUUUCAUGCUUUAUACCUUCCAGAUGAGGCAUGACAGGGGUGUGAAUAUCACGCCUUGAAACAGCAGGAUGUACUGUAAGAGCCUGGAAGCUUAAUCCUGGUUAAAGCAUGGAUAAGUAAGUCUGCUACUGACUAUAGUUUAAUGUUUAAUGUAGAAAAAGUGAGACUGAAAUGGAUCUUUGUUUUUAUUUCUUCUCGAGAAAGCAAACAAGUGCACAUCCUACAAUUAUUAAAUCGCUGUGAAUCGAUGUAUUAAAGUUAACGUACUAAUUGUGAAAGGAUGUUAAAGCGUCACUCCUCCUUUCUUUUAGGUGGAUAAACCAGUAUCUCGCACCAAACCAAAAAAGACCCCGACAACAACAACAGGGAAGAUGGUGAAAAAAUCCAAAGAGAAGAUGCUUGCUAGUUCUCAGUCAGCCAAGAAGAAACCGUCUUUGACCGCCGCCGAACCCAAACCAGAGGGGACUGUGACGAAGAAGAGCAAGGAGAUCAGCAACAGACUGGCUGAGGCGAAGCAGUAAACGGAGAAAAAAUGUCAACACUUAAAAUGUGUGCGAUCAAAAGGCUACUUGACGAGUUAGUCAAACUUCUUCCCUUUGGUUUGCUUCCUGACCUGUUGUUUUUGCUGACCUGUCAUAUAUUGUUCACCUACGAACGGGCACUGAUGUUCAGCUUUUAGACUAAUGCAAAUAACUUCACUGUCAACAGUGCGUGUGAUGAGUGUGCGCGUGUGUGUUAAUGUGUGGAAGUGCGUGAUUUCUUGUAUUUUGGUGCACAGAACCGCUUUAUAUUAUUGAGCACAUAAUUUGCACAUUAUCCUAUGAGUUGUGUUUGGCCUCAGACUAUAAAAAGAGCCAUCAUUACACAUGCACUGUGUGUGUGAAAGGGCAUUUUUACUUGCGUCUGAAUUGACAAUUCAGAGUGAAACUAAAAUGAUUGUAUAAAACAUCAAAGAGAUGCUUUUUUUCUCUUAGACUGUAUCACAUGAGGGAUUUUGUUCGAGUGCAAAAUCUGUUUUGCGUUUCCUGGUUACAGUGCCUCUGCUGUAUGGUCCUGGUUUUCCUUUCAUUGUUCUGGAUGAUAUCUGGUUUCAUCAGUUUGGUUGCUAAGAAACCAAAUGAACUGUAAUAUAAUUGCUACGGCUUGCAUGCAGGACCCCGUUUUUGGUUGAGUAGCAACAUUUAGGCAGACAAAAAUGUCAUUGUCACAUGUUAGCUUGUAAAUUGAGCCAUUUACGAUAAGUGUAGGAGGGUAAAAACCCUUUCAAGUAUAAUGCAUGUGUAGUUUUAGAUCCUGGUCACACUGAAACGUACAUACACUGAGUAAAAUCAUAGUCUAGUAGCUGUUAAAGCUAUAAAACAAACACACCAGCAAAAUGGUUUCACCCACAAACACACUUCUAGCAAUCUAAGCGGAGACCAUCUCCUUUGAUUUUGAGGGAAAACUUCAGAUUUUACAAUGACUCAGUAUUUUGUGACAUUGUACUCCAUCCUCUCCUCUGAGCUGUGAUGUUGUAUUUGUGCUAAAGAAGAAAAAAUGUUGCAUAUUAGCCCAGAACUUCUUGUAUGUAUACGGUAAUCCCCCCCUCUGAAUGGGCUGAUUUCUCCAGGUGUUGAAGGACAAAGAAUGGGCCAGGACUCGUAGUUCAGCUAAUUUAAGUGCUGCUGUUCAAAAAUGCGCAAUCCACAUGUGUUCAUCAUGACUGUCCUUAAAGCCUUCCCUCUACGGAUGUUAACACACUUGUCUCCAGUGAUGCCCUUAACAGCCAGUGCGGCUGCAGCGUGCGAGAGCGUUACCCACCGUUAAGUCUGCUUCCAGUUUUAGCCUCUGCGUGAGUGAGUGAGCGAGUUUCUGUGUGUGACCUCUACAGCCUGCUGCCUGCUAGCAUCAAGUCUGACCCGACCACUAGACGUGCUGCUAUGCACUCCAACACCCUGGUGCUAAAUCUCUUGUUGUUUAUGCUGUCUGGCUGGGACUGUGUGUGGUGUCAGGCCACAGUGAAAUGAUGAUAUGACAAUGUCAUACCUCUGCAGACAUGUUGUGAUAUUGUGCUUGUAUUCUCAGCUUGCUCUGAAUGAACUCUGAUUAAAAUGAUGAUGCAGAACCCUGAGUUGUU